GGUGCAACUACGGUACGGUUCGUACGUAGCAUGCUGGUAGCCCAAAACAUGGAAAGCAGCAACCAGCCGAGCUUGGGGUAUCCAGAGGGGCCCUUUCCCAAAGCAACCCAUCUUUCUCACAAUCUCGAAAAGCGAGAAACAAAAACCGCCACAAAACAAAGCAACAGCAAAAACUUUGACUCUACUCUCUCAACUUUAGCUUCUCCAAGAUGAUGAUCCACACCACGACCACCAACACCCUUCCCCGCGUCAACAGCAACGACAAGUCCAAGAGCAGCGCCAUGGCGACUCGCAUGGGCAAGAUGAAACCCACCAAGGAUGCUGCGCCCCUCAAGAAGCUCUCUCCUGACUUUGACAGCCCCAUCUAUGACGAUCUUCGUGCCUCUGUCAAUGCCAUCCUUGAAGUGUCCACCAUGUUUGAACUCAAGAGCUCUCGUGCCAAGGGAGUUGUCCUUUCCUGCGGAUCCAGCGACCCAGACUCCAAGGAAGCUGGAAUGGGUGUCUCCCUGCUGCCCCUCAAGACCAUGUCCGCUCAACCCGGAGUCCUCUUCACCGACAAUCCUUUGAUCUCUGUGUUGGGAAGCUACGCCAGCAACCAGAUGGAUGAUAGUGACGACGAAGAUGACGCUUCAGAGCCAUCUGACGACGAACUCUUGCCGCAGCUUGUGGUUGGUCUCUGCUGCAACAACUGGGGCAUGUACUACGGCCGCAACGCUCUCAUUGAAGCCAUCUUGGAAGUCAUGGGAUCGGAUCACGCCUGCAAGCUCUCUAUCCACUCUGCCAUCUACGCCUUGGACUUUAACACUCAAGCUCUCUCCAAGAUUCUUCUGACACCCCAAAACGACCAUGACGCUGAAAAGGCCGACCGUGCGCUCCACGCUGUCGGCUUCGAAGCGACUGCCGCCAAGUACAACGUUGGCUUUGAUGCCAUUGAGAAGGACCAAGACCUCUUCGCCGGAGUCUCCAAGACGGACUUUGUCGAGGAACUCUCCAAUGCAGUCUCCCAAGCUGUCGAACGCACCAUGGCCAACGAUGGAAAGACCGUCACCUCUCUCGUCAUGGAAGUCUUGCGCCACCGCAAGCUCAUCCAAAAGAACCUCUCCAACAAGCGCUUCCGCCGUGCUCCCAGUCAGAAUGGCAUUGCUACCGCCUGCAAGAAGCUUGGAGAGCUCGUGGCAUUGAACUUUGGCAGUCCCGACCUCUCCUUGGCGCAGAAGAUCCCCGGAUGGAAGGACUACACUGAGUCUCAUGAAGAUGCUGCGCACGCCCUCAUUGGUCUCUUUUGCCAUUCCGUCGAUGUCUUGGCCGGAUGUGUGGCCCGAGCUCCCAACUCGGAAGUGACACCUGAUCUCGCCGAGCGCUUGAUCUUUACCAUCCUCGAGGAAGACAACCGUUUGAUGGAGUACUGCUUCAACCAAGUCUAUGAACUCAUGCCGUCCGAAACUGAGCCCAAGAUGUACGUCUACCGUCGUCUCGGUGAUCUUGGCCUCUUCUCUACCAUGGAUUGCGGAGCCUUGGACAUGGGAGGCAAACUCUAAGGCCCCUUUUCUUCUCAGGGGAUCAACAAGAGCUUCAUUUAUACAUUGCUGGACCCAUGAUACCAGUGCCAACACUGGCAACACUUCUACGCACUACAUUUUCGACGGGAAUCCCGUCCAUGCACCCUAGACCGAAAGAAGCGACAGAUAGUCAAGAAUAAAGUUAACCAAAUAUAUAGUCUCUUAUUACAAAUU